GCUGCAUCCACUGCUAUAUUUGCCUAGGACCAAAGGGAGGCAAGCUUGAGGAGUACAAACAUCGGGACGUCAAAAAACGAUCAUAACAACAUAACAGGUGUAAUUUUCAGCGGUGCUGCUAUUUUCUUUAACCUGUGUACAUGUUUUCCCGCACCAUGUGUGUCACAAUAUUCGAGUUUUGUCUGAAAUGAAUGUCGGUACAAAUAAUUGACUGACAACACCGGGAGUCUCUACAUCUUCUCGAAACCGCCCUGGCUAAUCCAGCCUCACCUUUUGACUCGGUGUAGCCCACUGGUCACCAAAUAAACGGCUACUACCAUGCCUGCCGGAGUCAACGACCCUGAGAGCAUGUUGAGUUAUCAGCGGCCAGACGAGGACGUGGUGGUGGACCAAGGAGGGACCAGCUCAGUCCUCAACAUUCAUUAUGAGAAGGAGGAGCUAGAGGGCCACAGGACUCUAUAUGUGGGAGUACGCAUGCCCCUGGGCCGACAGAGCCACCGCCACCACCGACCUCAUGGCUCACGCCACCGCAGAAAGGACAGGAGGGCGGAGAGCGCCGUGCUGCAGGAUGCGGAGGGAGAGGGGUCCUCAGCCUCUCAUGACACUCCAUCCCAGCGUGUACAGUUCAUUCUGGGAACAGAGGAAGAUUCUGAACAUGUGGCUCACGAGCUUUUCACUGAGCUGGAUGAGAUAUGUGUCAAAGAGGGCAAGGAUACGGAGUGGAAAGAAACGGCCAGAUGGUUGAAGUUCGAGGAGGACGUAGAGGAUGGAGGAGAGAGGUGGAGUAAGCCCUACGUCGCCACGCUGUCCCUCCACAGCCUGUUUGAGCUGCGCAGCUGUCUCAUCAAUGGCAGUAUACUGCUGGACAUGCAGGCUAACACCAUUGAGGAGAUAGCAGAUAUGGUGUUGGACAAGCAGGAGUCAUCCCACGAACUGGAUGACAGUGUGAGGCUGAAGGUGAGAGAGGCCCUGCUGAAGAGACACCACCACCAGAACGAUAAGAAGCUCUCAGCGCACCACCAGCUCAUCCCUGACAUGGUGCGCUCCUUUACUGACAUCGGACGCAAGCACUCCGAACCCCACUUGGACAAGACUGUUCCAGCUGUCUCUCCCCAGCCACCCCCAACCAACGUAGAUGUAAAAAACGGAGCCAGCCACGACAACAGUCAGUUGGACCUUAGCAAGGUGGACAUGCACUUCAUGAAGAAGAUCCCUUCUGGAGCUGAGGCCUCUAACAUCCUGGUGGGGGAGCUGGACUUCUUGGAGAGACCUGUGGUGGCCUUUGUACGCCUCUCCCCUGCUGUCCUCCUCACUGGACUCACUGAGGUCCCCAUACCUACUAGGUUCCUGUUCAUUCUCCUGGGCCCAGAUGGGAAGGCUCAGCAGUAUCAUGAAAUUGGCCGCUCUAUGGCAACCAUCAUGACUGAUGAGAUCUUCCAUGAUGUGGCGUACAAGGCUAAGGAGCGCAGUGAUCUGCUGGCUGGUAUUGAUGAGUUUCUGGAUCAGGUUACUGUCCUGCCCCCAGGGGAGUGGGACCCUUCCAUUCGCAUUGAGCCUCCAAAAAGUGUCCCGUCUCAGGAGAAGCGGAAAAUUCCAGGGGUGCCCAAUGGUACACCCUGCUCAGUGGAGGAGGAGUAUCACGCAGAGCAUCAUGGUCCUGAACUUCAGAGAACAGGAAGGUUGUUUGGGGGUCUGGUGCUGGACAUUAAGCGGAAGGCUCCGUUCUAUCUGAGUGACUACAAGGAUGGCUUGAGUCUGCAGUGUGUGGCCUCCUUCCUGUUCCUCUACUGUGCCUGCAUGUCCCCAGUCAUCACCUUUGGAGGCCUGCUGGGCGAGGCCACGGAGGGACGCAUCAGUGCCAUUGAAUCUCUGCUGGGAGCGUCCAUGACAGGAGUGGCCUACUCUCUGUUUGCUGGUCAGCCUCUCACCAUCCUGGGCAGCACAGGCCCUGUCCUCGUCUUUGAAAAGAUCCUCUUCAAGUUCUGCAAGGACUACGACCUGUCCUAUCUGUCUCUGAGGACAUGCAUCGGCCUGUGGACAGCCUUCCUAUGUCUGGUCCUGGUUGCCACGGACGCCAGUUCCCUGGUCUGCUACAUCACGCGCUUCACCGAGGAGGCCUUCGCUUCGCUCAUCUGCAUCAUCUUCAUCUACGAGGCCCUGGAGAAGCUGAUCCACCUGGGGGAGCUCUACCCCAUCAACACCCACAGCAGCCUGGACAGACUCACACUGGCAUUCUGUCGAUGUGCAGAGCCUGACAAUCCCAGUAAUAAAACCCUGGAGCUAUGGAGUCAAAGAAACAUCACUGCUUCUGCUGUGCCGUGGACCAACCUUACUGUCAAGGAGUGCAUAGGUCUCCAGGGCCACUUUGUGGGUACUGCAUGUGGACACCACGGCCCCUACACCCCUGACGUUCUCUUCUGGUCCACCAUCCUCUUCUUUGCCACUGUCUUCAUGUCAGCCUUCCUUAAAGAGUGUAAGACCAGCCGCUAUUUCCCCACCAGGGUGCGGUCAAUGAUCAGUGACUUUGCGGUCUUCAUCACAAUUGUACUUAUGGUCCUCAUUGACUUUCUGAUUGGAAUCCCAACACAGAAGCUCCAGGUGCCCAGUGAGUUUAAGCCCACCAGGGAUGACCGUGGCUGGUUGAUUAACCCUAUAGGUAGAAACCCCUGGUGGACUGUCUUGGCUGCCGCCAUCCCUGCUCUGCUCUGCACCAUCCUCAUCUUCAUGGAUCAACAAAUUACUGCUGUCAUCAUCAACCGCAAGGAGCACAAACUCCUGAAGGGCUGUGGGUACCACCUGGACCUGCUAAUGGUGGGCGUGAUGCUGGCUGUGUGCUCCAUCAUGGGCCUGCCCUGGUUCGUGGCAGCCACCGUGCUCUCCAUCUCCCACGUCAACAGCCUGAAGCUGGAGUCAGAGAGCUCGGCCCCCGGGGAACAGCCCCGCUUCCUGGGCAUCCGGGAGCAGAGACUCACAGGCCUGGUCAUCUUCCUGCUGAUGGGCCUGUCUGUGUUCAUGACGGGGGUACUGCAGUUCAUUCCCAUGCCUGUCCUGUACGGAGUUUUUCUCUACAUGGGAGCCUCCUCUUUGAGGGGGAUACAGUUCUUUGACCGUCUGAAGUUGUUCGGUAUGCCAGCCAAGCACCAGCCAGACUUCAUUUAUCUGAGACACGUUCCCCUGAGGAAGGUGCACCUGUUCACCCUCACUCAGCUCACCUGCCUGGCCCUGCUCUGGAUCAUCAAGACCUCCAAGGCUGCCAUUGUCUUCCCCAUGAUGGUGCUGGCUCUAGUGUUCAUCCGAAAGCUGUUGGAUCUGUGCUUUACGAAAAGGGAGCUGAGUUACCUGGAUGACAUCAUGCCUGAGAGUAAGAAGAAACAGCUGCAUGACGCCUCCAAGAAUACUGACAUUGAGCAGGAUGAGGAGGUUGUGUGUACCCCAGUUGAGGAUAGGAGCUCAGUCCUCAUCCCUAUGGAGAGCAGUAAGCUCCUACAGUGUCCCAAAACAUAUGACCCCAGGUGUGACCCCUCUGACAUUAACAUAUCGGAUGAGAUGUCUAAAACCACUAUGUGGAAAUCCCUCAGCACCAACCAAAAGGACUGUCGCACUGGGCUCGCUAAGAAGGAUUGAGAUGGAAGGUCUGGAGUUUAUAGAUCAGUGAGAGAGAGAAGAGCAUAACGACUGCAGAGGCUGUGACCUACACUUCAAUAAGCAGUGACAUAGGUCAUGGGCAACUUCUUAUUUUGCAUCACACACACACACACCUAUUAGCUGUUCUCCUACAGCUACAUAGCACACAGAUUCCCUCAAGCCAUCCAGAAACGUUUCUUCGAGAACAGACCUGAGGGGUGUACUAUGUACUUGGAGGGAGGAUUUAGCAAGGGGCCUUUUGUUGAGUUAGUAACUAACUGGUUGCAAAAAUUAAAUAAUCUGGCUAAAUUUCCUUAAACAAUUACAUCUGAUUGGGACAACAGUUGAAGUCUUAACAACUGCUGAUUAAAUUGGAGAUUACUUAUUUAAUACCAAGAGGAACAUUUAUUGAUAAAAAAAAGAAAAAGAAAUCUGGUCAUUUUGUGCAUCAUCAACACUUCCUGGCACAAUAUCCUGCCUAUCACUUGUUAAAGUCCCGUUGGUUCUUUUGUACAAAAUUGUUGUAAUGAGAAAGGCUUUCAAAGCAUUAACAUCUGCCCCACUAGUCAAUCAGACGUACAUCUGAGCUGUACUGAGUUCCUACUUUAUAGCAGUUUUCCUUCUCUGAGUAGCAGGAACGGUACAUGCUUUAUGAUUUCACAACAUUCCAAAAUGCAAUUAAGAAACAUCCUGUCCUGUUUCUUAAAAGCAGAAGAUGUUUUUGGUUGGAGAUGCUGGGGUAAAAACAAUCCCCUUCAUAAAAUCUAGCCCAAUAACGUUUGUGGCAUGCAGUUCAGCAAAAAUAUUAGGAUUUCCACACAAAAUUGCCCAAAUGAAAUUAAUCAAAUUCUAUGUAAUUUUAGUUUUAAAACCACAGAAAUGAACAAAAACUGUAUACUGAGGGAAAGUACUAGUUACUGUUGAACGGGAUUCAUACAUGAAGAACACACUUCUUCAGUGUUCCAGUGGCCAUUGAAGGUGGACCUUUGUCCACUGAAAUCAGUUAAGACACCAAACUGCAGUCAGGUCCCAGUGAGGAAGACCAGCAUACAGAUGAGCUUCCCAGAGUCGGUUUCUGGCAGUUCGUGCAGAAAUACUUCAGCUUUGCAAAGCCAAACCUUCACCUGUCUGGGUGGCUGGUCUCAGACGAGAUUUUAGAGAGCUGUUUUAUUAUUCCCAGCACAAGAUGCAUCUGUGGGAUGAUCAUGCGGUUUUAACAACAUCUACAUAUGUCAAACCUGUCAGGGUGAUGGAUUUUCUUAGAAAAUUAGAAAUGCUCUCUAACUGUAAUUUAAACAAAUUUUUGCGCAACAAGUUGGAGAAAUCCACUUGUGUGUAUGACUGGGGUCUUUUAUUUUAGUGAAUGAAACAUGGGACCAACACUAUACAUGGUGUGUUUAUAUUUUUAUUCAGUGUAAAUAUUGUAACUGCAACAAAAUAGGAUGAUGGCAUAUCAUUUAGAACGGACCUGUUCCAUGCACGCUAGGUCACAGCUAACAUAAAUCACGUUGUGUAAAAUUGCUGAGAAGUGAGUUAAGGAUUCAUUUAAUCCAACUACCUCCAUCUCCCAAACAUUGUCAUCAUUCCCUUUAUGACUACUGGUCAAAGAUUUUAUUAAUAUAAUUAUAUUUUCCUGUUUUAUAUUAAAUAAACCAUCACAUUAACCAUGUUGUAAUAACAAAAUGCAUUACAAACUUCACAAAACAUUAAACGUUUGUAUGACUAUAAAAUGAUUGUAUCGAGAGCUUUGACAAAAAAUUUGCUGUGCAUUGAUAAGUAUACCUGAGCACCUAAAAGUCAAUAUUAAAAGAAUGACUACACUAGCUUUUUUACACCACAGCCUCUUGAAUAUCCAAGAUAAUGGUUGGUUUUAAAUUAGGCACAAAUUAACACGUGGCACUGAAUCAUCCAGGGAUUGAUGGUUCAACUUUGCAGUUACAGGUUUGGCAUUAGACUAGCCAUGUGUAACAUACACAAACAUUUAGAAACCAAUUAGACUCAGAGGGAGACAAGCAAUAUCUACACUCUUAAUAAGAAAGGCUGUCCUCAGGGGAAUAUUCCAUUGUUUCACCAAAAUAUUUGACGGACAAAUUCGUAAGAUAUGCUAUGUUACAUUAGGGUACAAACCUCAGUUUCACAGUUACAGUAGCAAAGAAAACAUUUUCCACAAUGUUCUAGCCACUGUAGAUUAAUUUGCAACAGGUAUCAGAACAUUGAAAUUGGCUAGCUAGCCACCUAACUUACCUCAAAUGGCUGGAGGAACUCUGUCGUGGAAAGGUGGUGGGAAACGGUUCCGAACCUUUUGUCUGUGCCAAAAAUAAUUACGAUCUCUGAAAUAUAGCAUUUUCAUAUAAAAUUCCAGAUCUCAAGAAUUGUCUGGGGUGAUGUCAAGAGAACAGGAGUGUGUUAUAAAGGACCCAAAAGUGUAUUUGAUUAACCUCCCCUUUAACACUAACCUAACGUCCUUUGUUUUCUAUUCUUAACACUAACCCAUUAGCCUACACUAACCAUACAUUUAAUAUUAUACAUUUUUCACAAUUUGCAAAUUAUUAAUUUUAGUAGCAUUCAUCUAAAAGUUUUUAGCAAGUUGGUGACAUAUAAUAAGUUUAUGUUAGUGCAUUGAAAUGUACCUUAAUGUUAGAUAUCUUACAAAUUCUAUCUAUCACAGAUUUACAUAUAAUGUGUUACAUAUUCCCCUGAGAACAGGUUGAGUAGCGACGACAGCUUAGUUGAAAGGUGAAGCUAACUGAAGCUAACUAAUGAUAAAAAAGUGCUGUGUCUAUGAAAAUGUUCCUUCAAACCCAAACCAGGUUCUUAAUCUCAGUGGCGCUAUUUAUCUUAUAUUAAGUUAAAAGAGUUUAUAGAACUUUUUCUUUACUGUACCAUAACUGUGUUUUUUAGGACCUUGGUAGUCUUACCAACUUGUUUUUAGAUUCUAAAGUAUAUUAUUGUAUCAGUAAUGUAGAGAUAUUUAACUUUGGAAAUAAAAUUGUUCUUAGUUUUUGAGCAAUGUACGAUGUGGUAAUACUGCUAGAAGAAACUGUGCAUCAGUUCAACCAAUGACAUCAAUAAUAUGAAUAAUACUAUGUUACUUUUGUUGAUAUAGCUGACUUAAAAUAGCUGUUGAAAUUGGAAGCUGCUGUAUAAAAAGUUAGUGGAGGGGCUUUCCGGGCUUUUUGGGGAUUCCCCUGAGUGGAUUUUGUGACUGAAGUUGACUUCUCAUUAGUGAUAGUACAGUUGAAACAAGAGCUUUGAUGCAUUGUUCAUGGUCAAUCCCAAAUGAACACCUCCUGACUCCAACCUAUCCUCUGCCCUCCAUUUGCGUGUUUGCGAGGGCCUCUGCUAUAUGCUUAAGUGUCCCAAAUCUAAGGGAGCAAAUUGCCCCUUACAGCCUCCAGUUGCCCCUUACAGCAAAUGCAGCCUCAUCGAGCAAAGUGGAACCCCAUAAGAUACUGCAUCAUUUCUGAGCUUGCGCAAUGUCACACAAAAGAAUGGUAGGCGUGCCUAAUUAUAUUACACUCAGAUUUGUUUGUCUUAUUGAGAGACUUGACACUUAGUUGUUCAAUAGGUUUAUUUCUGAGAAAAUUUGAGGGAUUACAUUUGAAUUUUGUGGUUGUUUUAUUUAUUUAGAAGUGGAUUAGGAAUUGCGUAUUUUAAGUCGUGUGUCCUAAAGCUGAUGUGUUUUUUUGAAAAGCUAGCCACUCUGUAGAAGUCACCCUCUGAGUUUUGUCAGCAACACAUCACCACGAAGGGCACUCUGAGUAAGUAUGUAAAGCAUUGGGGUUGGUUUGGGAUUUGUGGGAGAAUUCCACUAGAGUUCUUCCUGAUCACGUGACCUGUUUUUCACAUGGUCAAGAACAAGUCUGGGGCAUGUAAGUUUAACAGACAACUGUUGAGUGCAGCCGUGCCUGUUGGCAUGGGUGUUGCUUAUUGUUAAUUAAGGGUAUGGUCUUGAGUGUUUGCACAUCUCCCUGUUACAUAAGUAGGAGUUAUGGGAGUAGCAUUGGAGCCUUACUACAACAAUACACACCUUUUGACUGUGCAUUAAAUACAUGGAUUCACAUAAUUCAUGUGAGAAACUUAAACAUGCUGACCAAUAAUCACCAAUAAAUUUGUCUGAAUGGAUGUGUCCUUUGUAGAAGACGUCACUCCACAUGUCAGAAGAUCUAACUACCACUUAAUACACCCCAAACACACUUGCUGGACUGGUGAGUUUUGAGGACAACUAAUGUCAUUGAUAGACCCUAUAGUCAUUGAUAAACCAGUCUACUUAAUCUCAGGGGAAUCCUUUGCUAAAACAUUUCCUUUCCUUCCUCCACCCUACAUUUGCACAUUCAACACUCGUCUCCAGCAGUGUCCCAAAGCUAAGAGAUUGAAAAUGUUUGAGGGUGAAAGUACUAAAUAAACGCUCCAUUGGCCCCUUUCAGCAAGUGCAACAAUGCAACCUCCAUAAGCAAAGUGGAAACCCAUAAGACAUCAUGUACUUUCUUUUUACUUAAUUGGUGUACCCAAUUAUAUGACACAAGCAUUUGUUUGCAUCUUAUUUCAAUACUUUGAAAGUGGAAGAUGAAUUGCAUUAUUUAAGCGUGUCUCAGUUGAUGGGAUUAUUGAUCCCUUUGCCACUCUGUGAAAGUCACUCUCUGCGUUUCGUUAGCAACACGUGACCAUGGAGGGCCCUCUGAGCUAGUGGGAAGGCCACCAGUCAUCUAAUCUAGACAUGGAAAACACUUGGUCCUAUACAAUACAUAACCUUUUCCCAAACAUGAUGGAAAUAGUAAUGGACAGAAUGUACAAAAAAACAUUGUACUCAACAGUAACUACAAAAUAAACAUUUGUAUUGUACACUGUGGUGUUUUUGAUUCUGCAUGUUAAACCUCUCAACUUAUUUUUCUUUCAAAUAUUUUUUAUUUUCCCCAGAAAACAGUGCCCUCCGAACCCAUUUUGGCUCUGUACUUCAAAAGUUAGUAUUUUAAAGAAAAUUAUUAUUUAUGAAAAUUUUUAAAUGAUAGACUGUCCAUUAUUAUUUGAUGGUAUUUCUGUACAUAUUGGUUUCACUAUUUAGAAAUAAUACUUUGUAUACAUAGUCCUCUUAUUUCAGGGAACUUAUUCUGGUUCUAAUGAUUUUAACCAUCUUCUGGUGUUUUGUGGUUGAAGCCUAACUUAACACCCUAGCAGAUUUUUUUAAUAUUGAAAUGUACUUUAUAGAUAUAAAAAUUAUAUACAUUUUGAAGGAACUUUUUUUUCAUUAUGUAUUACAUUUAUUUUUAUGCUAUCAAAACAUGAAUACAAUUUACAUUUAAUGUUGUAGUUUAGAUGAAAAUAGAGGGCGCUAAUGUGGUGGAAUGACAUAGACACUAUUAGAGAAAGUGCUCAUUGGAAAAUAAAACCAAACUCAAAAUGGGAUUUAAGCUAAACUAUACCCCAAUGAAUUACCGUUCUCAGAAGAAUAAGCAAAGAAUUAGCAAAGCAAUCCUAAAAGAAAAAAAAUUAAUAUGUAAUGACAUUAGUUUGUGAUUGUUUUCAUAAUUGAUAUAUUUUUUCUCCAAUUCUAAUAAUGUCUAAUGUCAUUGCUGCCCUGGCUGUUCUAUUGGGCUGUACUUUGUGAUGUCUCCUGUCUAUUGCUGUCAAUUCUCCGGUGUCCUGUCCCUCGUCUCAAGCCCCAAACUAUUUCUCUCCGGUGUCCUGUCCCUCGUCUCAAGCCCCAAACUAUUUCUCUCCGGUGUCCUGUCCCUCGUCUCAAGCCCCAAACUAUUUCUCUCCGGUGUCCUGUCCCUCGUCUCAAGCCCCAAACUAUUUCUCUCCGGUGUCCUGUCCCUCGUCUCAAGCCCCAAACUAUUUCUCUCCGGUGUCCUGUCCCUCGUCUCAAGCCCCAAACUAUUUCUCUCCGGUGUCCUGUCCCUCGUCUCAAGCCCCAAACUAUUUCUCUCCGGUGUCCUGUCCCUCGUCUCAAGCCCCAAACUAUUUCUCUCCGGUGAGAUGGAGUGCCCCCCCCCCCCUUAAUACCUCUUCUCCCAUCAUUUACUCAUCUUUUCCUUUCUUUUCCUUCCGUCCUUAGCUCCUAUACUCAUCCCCUACUCUCCUCAUCCUCUUUUCCUCACCACUUUACCUCCUCCACUUUUCUCCACCCCUCUUCUCCUCACCACUUUACCUCCUCCACUUUUCUCCACCCUUCUUCUCCUCACCACGUUCCCUCCUCCCUUUCUCCCCCUUCCCCAACUCGCCUCCUCUCUUCUUCUCCCCUCCAUGUAUUGUAAAGAUGUGUGUAAUAAGUGUACAGACAAGAGUCUUUCUGAUGAACACAGCUAUUGGUUGUGUGUCCAUAAUUAAGGGACUAGGUUGAGGAGAGAGAUGAUGAAAAGCAUGGGUGAGAGAUAUAAAGAGUUAUACAAAGUCCUGAGAGACCUUUUCAAGAAGAAGUGUGCGUAUUUUUAGUGCAGUAACCUCAGUCCUAGUAACAGAGCCAUAUUGGAGAAAGAUGCCUUGAAUGCUUAAUGAAUAAUCCAUAGCUAAAUUAUUUUAAAUGUUUUGUAUAUGUAAUGUAAUUUUUGAUUCUGGAAACAUGGAAAAUAAACCAUAAAUCUUUAAAUGUA